AUGAAGUGGGGGUUUUCAGGUGCGUUGCUUGCGUUCUUCGCAACAACCGCAACAUCCUGGCCUUAUGACGAAUCCCUGGUCGAUUAUAAUUUCAACACAAACAAGACCGCAACAAACCCGGCCGAUUACUGGGGCGAAUGGCCUGACCAUUCCGGCGAUUAUUUCCCGUCUCCCGAUAACUGGCGGUUCCCUGUAUAUACACUCUUUCUGGACCGAUUUGUGAAUGGAGAUCCGACGAACGAUAAUAUCAAUGGGUCGAUGUUUGAGCAUGAUUUGAACUCGAACCAGAUGCGUCAUGGUGGUGAUGUGGAUGGUUUGGUUGAUACUUUGGAUUAUCUGCAAGGAAUGGGCAUCAAGGGUCUCUAUCUCGCGGGAACUGUUUUGAUGAACCAGCCUUGGGGUGCGGAUGGUUACUCGGCUUUAGAUACUACACUGCUCGACCAACAUUAUGGAACUCUCGCAAAAUGGCGAGAAGCGAUUACGGAAAUCCAUAAGCGGGGCAUGUAUGUCAUUUUUGACAAUACCAUCGCGACUAUGGGAGAUUUGAUCGGUUUCGAAGGCCAUCUGAAUGACACAACCCCGUUCUCGACCAAGGAGCACAAGGCAGUCUGGAAAUCCAAUCGUCGCUAUGUCGACUUUGACUUCGGAAACGAAUACAACAAGACUUGCGACUACCCGCGAUUCUGGAACGAGACUGGUUAUCCGGUUGACCAGUCAGUGACCGAUUCACUGACCGGAUGUUAUGACAGUGAUUUUGACCAGUAUGGUGAUGUCGAGGCUUUCGGUGUUUUCCCUGACUGGGAGCGUCAGUUGGCAAAAUUCGCUUCCGUCCAAGAUCGUCUUCGUGAAUGGCAGCCUAGCGUUAGAGAGAGGUUGAUCCGUCACUCUUGCAUGAUUAUCGCUUCUCUUGAUAUCGACGGUUUUCGAUACGACAAGGCUACACAGGCUACCGUGGACGCUCUGGGUGACAUGUCCGCUGCCUACCGAGAGUGUGCUCGCAAAGUGGGUAAAAAGAACUUCUUCAUCACUGGUGAAAUUACUGGUGGAAACACAUUCGGUUCCGUUUAUCUCGGCCGUGGUAGACAGCCGAACCAGUAUCCCGAAACCGUGGAGGAUGCGAUGAACUUGACAAGCGCUGAUGAACAAUACUUCCUGCGUGAAGAGGGACACGGUGCCCUUGAUUCGGCUGCUUUUCACUAUUCAAUCUAUCGUUCGCUCACUCGAUUCCUGGGUAUGGAUGGUAACCUGGCCGCGGGUUACGAUACACCCGUGGACUGGGUCGAUGCCUGGAACUUGAUGAUGACAUCCAAUGACCUGGUUAACCCCAAUACCGACAAAUUCGACCCCCGGCACAUGUUUGGCGCAACAAACCAGGAUGUUUUCCGGUGGCCUACCAUUUCUAAUGGUAUUGAGAGACAGCUGCUUGCCCUGUUCAUCACCACGCUAGAGCUCCCUGGUAUCCCGCUUUUGCUGUGGGGCGAAGAACAGGCUUUUUAUAUCUUGGAUGCCACGGCAUCUAACUAUAUCUACGGACGUCAGGCGAUGUCGCCUGCGACCGCAUGGAGAACCCACGGUUGCUUCACCCUCGAGUCGUCGCAAUAUUACCAGUGGCCCAUCGAGGCAGGCCGACAGGGCUGCCAUGACGAUUCAGUCACGUACGACCAUCGGGAUCCUUCGCAUCCCGUACGAAACAUCAUUAAACACAUGUAUCAAAUGCGAGAGGAGUACCCCGUGUUGAACGAUGGAUACUCGAUCCAGAAGUUGUCUAAGCAAACAGAGGAUGUUUACUACCCUGGUUCCAAGGACACACCAACCGAAACCGGUAUGUGGUCAGUAUUGCGAGACGUCGAUGCGACAACUCAAGAUCUUGGAUCUGAUGAAGACAACCAACCGGUCUGGCUGGUAUACCAAAACACCAACCGUUCAAUCACGUACGACUUUGACUGCAGCAACAACGACACCGCGUUGAUCGCUCCAUUUGCUGGUGGCACCACCGUGAAGAACCUGUUCUAUCCCCACCAAGAGCUUAAAUUGAAAGAUGGUCCCAAGAAGCUUGGCCUGAACGGAUCUUCCGAGUACAAUGGCUGUCUGGACAGUAUGACUUUGAAAGCAUACGAGUUUCAGGCAUAUGUCCCCAAGAACCGAUUCACCUCGCCUCGGCCUAUGAUUACCAAGUUCUCACCUGGUCAUGACUUCCCUAUUCGCUCUACUGUGGCACCCAACGCUGAAGAAAGUGUGGACAUUGAGCUUUACUUCUCGGAGAAAAUGGACUGUGAUUCCGUGACCAAGGCGAUUUCGAUGAACUCAUCCACGGAAGCCGAUAAGACGCCCUCUAUCGACAAAGAUAGCAUCAGCUGCAAGACAGUCAACUCUACCGAUACUGAUUAUACAGGACAACUGCCGAGCGCUUGGGUGUGGACUGCGACAUUGACCGGUGUUUACAACGGUAUCCAUCGACUGACCGUCAAGAACGCUUCGAACAGCGAUGGAAAGGCAACAACCCAGGCUACGGAUCACUUCCUCUUCCGUCUUGGCCAACAGGAUAAUCCGAUGAUUUUCACUGGCGCCAAUUAUUCCAGUAGUUUGCUCCACGACCAUGGCAAUGGAUCGCUUUACAUCCAACACCAUGCGGCGGGUGCUGACAAGUACCGCUACUCCACGAACUGGGGAACUACAUUUUCCAACUGGAUGACCUACACGGGUGGUAACGACACCAUUGAUGAAUUGGAAUGGUCAGGGACCAAGAAACAAAAGUGGGACGGCAAACACGUGCGCGUCGAGUACUGGAGCAGAUGGACCGGUAGCAGUUCCUACGUUCAGGAGGGCGAUUCCGGCUGGGAUAAAAACUACCAACGACGUUUCCCGCAUCUCUUUUUCAACGGACCUUAUAACCAGUAUGGAUACGAUGCUGGUUUGGACAACGUCGUGCGCCAGACAGAAGAUGGAACCUGGAAAUACAGGUUCGUGGCGGAAUGGCCCGCUCAGGCUCAGCUCAACGUCUGGGGCAUGGAUCCAAAUGGCAAGCCUGAUGAGAGCUAUGUGUUGGGUGAUGCAGAUGAUGAUAAAGUCCUGGAUCGUAUGCCCCCGUCUUCUCUUUCUGCGACCCUGAUCAACAUCACCGAUUUCCCGCCCGCUGGCUACUUGGCCUGGAAUAUUCACAUCAACGAUGCAACAUUGCGAUACUCUUUCACUCCUGUUGGUGACCAAAAAGUCCAAAUGGCCAUGUUCUUCCUUUUCUGGAUCGUCCCGCUUGUGACAGCCGCUGCUUGCAUCUAUGUCUUCAUGAAGUCGUUCUACCAAGUCAAGUUCAACCAGAUUGGUGUCAGUGAGAAGAAAUCGCUCAUUCCCCUCGCUCUCAGAAGAAAGAUGAGAAGACGUAAUCUUGAAGAUGGAGAGGCGAUGAAUCCCCUCAUGCGUCUUGCAAACAAGUCUGGAUUCCUUCAGAGUACUUCUGCCUUUGGUACCGGUGCAGCAAAGAGACGCAUGGUUCUCAUUGCCACCAUGGAAUACGACAUUGAGGACUGGGCCAUCAAGAUUAAGAUCGGUGGUCUUGGUGUCAUGGCUCAGCUCAUGGGUAAGAACCUUGGACACCAGGAUCUUAUCUGGGUCGUUCCAUGUGUUGGUGGAAUCGAUUACCCUGAAGAUCAACGGGGCGAGCCUAUGUUUGUGAAUGUGCUUGGAAACUCCUACGAAGUCAAGGUACAGUACCACGUGCUGAAUAACAUCACCUAUGUUCUCCUGGAUGCACCUGUCUUCCGUCAACAAUCAAAGUCCGAGCCCUACCCGGCCCGUAUGGACGACCUCGACAGUGCGAUUUACUACUCGGCCUGGAACCAGUGUAUCGCACAGGCAAUCAACCGGUUCCCCAUUGACCUGUACCACAUCAACGAUUACCACGGCUCUAUCGCUCCGCUUUACCUCCUUCCUCAGACUAUUCCCGUCUGCCUCUCACUUCACAACGCUGAGUUCCAGGGUCUGUGGCCUAUGCGUACUCAGAAGGAGAAGGAUGAAGUCUGCUCUGUUUUCAAUCUUGAUCUCGACGUCGUCAGCCGCUAUGUCCAGUUUGGUGAAGUGUUUAACUUGCUCCACGCAGGUGCCAGUUACCUGCGUGUCCAGCAGCAAGGAUUUGGUGCUGUAGGUGUGUCCAAGAAAUAUGGUAAACGGUCUUACGCUCGUUACCCCAUCUUCUGGGGUCUCAAGAAGGUUGGAAAUCUGCCAAACCCUGAUCCCUCGGAUACUGGUGAAUGGAACAAGGAAUUGCCCAAGGACAGUGAUAUCCACGUUGACCCCAGUUAUGAAGCCGACAGAGGAGAGCUCCGACGUCAGGCCCAGGAAUGGGCAGGUCUCGAACAGAAUCCUGAAGCCGAUCUCCUGGUGUUUGUUGGAAGAUGGUCGAUGCAAAAGGGUGUUGACCUUAUCGCCGAUGUUAUGCCUGCUGUUCUUGAAGCUCGUCCCAACGUCCAGUUGAUCUGUGUUGGCCCUGUCAUUGAUCUUUACGGUAAAUUCGCUGCUCUUAAGCUUGAUCGGAUGAUGAAGCUUUACCCUGGACGUGUGUUCUCGAAACCUGAAUUCACCGCGCUUCCUCCUUACAUCUUCUCCGGUGCUGAAUUCGCCUUGAUUCCUUCUCGUGACGAGCCCUUCGGUCUUGUUGCUGUCGAGUUCGGUCGUAAGGGAGCCCUGGGUAUUGGUGCCCGUGUUGGUGGUCUUGGUCAAAUGCCUGGUUGGUGGUACAACGUCGAAUCUACAACCACAUCCCACCUUCUGCACCAGUUCAAACUCGCUAUUGACAGUGCUUUGACCUCUAAGACUAGUACUCGAGCUAUGAUGCGUGCACGAUCUGCUAAGCAGCGUUUCCCUGUUGCUCAGUGGGUCGAGGACUUGGAAAUCUUGCAGUCCACUGCUAUCCGGAUUCACAACAAGGAACUCGUCAAGUCUCAUGGUCAGCCUUUCACGCCAUCAGGAUACAACACUCCCAGUGGAAUGAUGACGCCUCCCGUUGCAUCUUCUGGACUCCUUGCUCCUAGCGGAUUGCAGACCCCCCCUGUCGCUCACUCAAGAGAAAGCAGCUACUCGAACCCCAGUCGCCUUAGUGUCGUUGGACCUCAGCAAAGAAACACCAUUGUCUACAGCCGAGACCCAAGCCCUGGUGGAAACGAGAAACCUAAAUCUGGACUCAGCCGUCAACUCUCUCUUGGUGUUCGAUCCGGACCUGGUCAUCUGGAGCGUCGUGGCCGUAACAAGUUGAGAAAGGGCAGUAACAACCAGGAAUCCGAUGAAAAUGUUGGCGUUGCUGUUACGGAUAUCGAAGAGGACAGUGAAGAUGACAUUGUCGCCAGCUACUACGGAGAUGAUGAGUACACCCUCACCCCUGAGCAGAUCGAAGAAGGACGGCGCCUGGAGGCAUCUCAGCAACAGAACACUCUUACACCCGGACACAGAGACCUCCUGAGCCCGAGACACAUGAGCCAAGGAUCUUUCCAGACCAGACCUUUGCAAUCCCCAACCAGUCCGAUGGCCGAUGACAGUCUUCUUCCUCCCGCAAGGCCUUUUGCUGAACCUGGCAAUCGUCUUAGCAGCGCAUCUGAACUUUCUGUUGACUCGGUUGUUGGUGAUAAGAAGGAUUUCAAGCUGCAAAAAGUUGACCCAUUCUUCACGGAUAGUAACGGCGAAUACUACAAGGCGUUCGAAACGCGACUGGAGGAUCUCAAUGGCUCGAACUCUGAAUCGCAAUUGUGUAUCGAGGAGUACCUGGUCAAGAGUGAAAAGAAAUGGUUUGACAAAUUCCGUGACGCGAGACUUGGACGUAACCAAUCCCCUGCUCCUUCGAUUUACCGUGACAAGCGUGGUGCAUCACCUGUCGGCUCCUUCUCCAACGACGACACUGCUUCGCGUGGUAGCGAUGAGCGCAAGGCUGGUGAUGAGUUCCUUCUUGGAAAUGAUUACGUUCCUCCUACUGGUCUCCGGAAAUGGAUGCAGCUUCGCGUCGGUGACUGGCCUUUGUAUUCGUUCCUUCUCGGUUUGGGACAGAUCAUUGCGGCCAAUUCCUACCAGAUCACCUUGCUCACGGGCGAAGUUGGUGAAACUGCUGAGAAGCUGUACGGUAUCGCAACGGUGUAUUUGGUGACUUCCAUCAUUUGGUGGUUUGUCUUCCGGUACUUCAAGUCGGUUGUUGUCCUUUCUCUCCCUUGGUUCUUCUACGGUCUCGCUUUCAUCCUCAUCGGUGUCGCCCAUUGGGAGGGCAACCAGUUCAGUCGUGGAUGGAUCCAGAAUGUCGGCAGUGGUGUGUAUGCUGCGGCCUCGUCUAGUGGAUCCAUCUUCUUUGCUCUCAACUUUGGUGACGAGGGUGGUGCUCCGGUCAAGGACUGGGUUUUCCGUGCAUGUGUCAUUCAAGGAACUCAACAGGCGUAUAUCAUUGGAUUGUGGUACUGGGGAUCAACCCUAUCCCAAGCAUCCAGCGAGGGUCUCACAACCGCUCAGAAUGGCAUCGUGAACAGCUGGAAAAUGAGUGCCAUCUGUUUGCCAAUUGCCGCCUUCCUCUGGGUUGUUGGUCUGCUCUUGUUUUUCGGUCUCCCCAAUUACUACCGACAGACUCCUGGAAAGGUUCCUUCGUUCUACAAGUCGGUGUUCCGCCGUAAGAUUGUUCUCUGGAACUUUGUUGUUGUCAUCUUGCAGAACUUCUUCCUCAGUGCCCCGUAUGGCCGAAACUGGAGUUUCCUCUGGAGCUCAAGCCACGCCAAAGACUGGCAGGUUGGAAUUCUGUGUGCCUUUUUCUUCGGUUUCGUAUGGGCAUUAUUCCUCUUCAUACUCAGCCAUCUAUCCAAAUCUCAUAGCUGGAUCUUACCCGUCUUUGCUUGUGGUCUUGGAGCACCGCGAUGGGCACAGAUCUGGUGGGGUAUAUCUGGAAUUGGCUACUACCUUCCUUGGACUGCUGGCGGCGCGACAGGUGGAGCGCUCAUAUCCAGAUGUCUCUGGCUAUGGCUAGGUGUCUUGGAUUCGCUACAAGGUCUCGGAUUUGGUAUGAUUCUUCUGCAGACAUUGACGCGCAUGCACAUCUGCUUCACAUUGAUUGUGUCCCAAGUCCUCGGUUCCAUUGCGACUAUCUGCGCAAGAGCGUUCGCUCCCAAUAAUCUUGGACCCGGGCCAAUUUCUCCAGAUGUCACAGCUGGCUCUAGCUCCCUUGCAAAUGCUUGGUUCUGGAUUGCCCUCUUCUUCCAACUGUUGAUAUGUGCUGGAUUCUUGCUGUUCUUCCGGAGAGAACAACUCUCCAAACCUUAA